AUGGCGCCUCAACACGAAUUCGUCCCCCAGACUUACGCCAUUGACUCCUCCAAAAACCCUUCCUCAAAAGCAUCGCUAUACCUCCGCUCCCAAGAUAAGCAGGGAUUACCUGCGGACUUCUCAUUCGAAGCAAUCCGCUCAAAUGUCUUCCGCACGCGAUUCACCACAAAAGACCACCCUUUACCACCUCACCCAAGUGCUCCCCUCCCCGAGAUACGGCACGGAGACGUUGUACCAGCGACAACACUGAGCAAAAGCAGCUAUCAGACAAAGAUCGGAGAUGUAGUAGCAGAAGUAGACUUCACAGGCUGCCCCCAAGUCUCUCUUUCAUUCGCCGAUUCCGAAGCUCCCCUUCACGCCGAUCUCCCCUACCGGUCGUAUGCCACAGACGGCACAGGCGUCGCCCACUAUACCAAAUACAAACGCGGUACUCUCCAUGUCGGAUUGGGCGAGAAGGCAGCACCCAUGGACUUGUCGAAUCGGCAAUUUGUUCUCUCCGCGACAGAUUGCUUUGGGUAUGAUGUCUACCGUACCGACCCCAUGUACAAGCACAUUCCCCUGCUCAUCAACGCCACCCCAGAAGGCUGCGUGGGCGUCUUCUCGACCUCCCACGCGAGAGGCUUUUACUCCGUCGGCUCCGAGAUGGACGGCAUGUGGGGCUACUACAAAGUAUACCGACAGGACCACGGUGGGCUGGAAGAGUACUUGAUCAUCUCCCGGACCUUAAAAGAGCUCGUCCGCACCUACGCCGAUCUCGUCGGCUAUCCGCUCCUCGUGCCUCGCUGGGCAUUCGGCUAUCUUGCCGGGGGAAUGAAAUAUUCGAUGCUGGACGAGCCGCGCGCCUGCGAUGCACUGAUUGAUUUCGCAAAAAAGAUGAAGGAGGAAGACAUCCCCUGCUCAGGGUUCCAAAUGUCCUCGGGCUACACAGUCGCGGAGACGGAACCCAAGACCCGAAACGUCUUCACGUGGAAUCGGCACCGAUUCCCGGAUCCCAAGGCGUUCAUCGACGAGUACCACAAGCAGGGAAUCCGGUUGAUCUUCAAUGUGAAACCGUACGUAUUGGCCAAUCAUCCCGAGUAUGAGAAGCUCAGUAAGAAUGGGGCUUUAAUCAAGGACCUGCGGACUGGGAAGAGCGGUACAGCGCGUCUGUGGAGUGCUGGAGGCGGGGAGAGUGGGGAGGGCGGCCAUAUUGACUUCACUUCCAAGGCUGGCUUCCAGUGGUGGUAUAAUGGAAUCCGAGAUCUGAAGAAGCUCGGCGUAGACUGCAUUUGGAACGACAAUAAUGAGUACACGAUUCCGGAUGACCACUGGCAGUGUGAGCUCGACGAGCCCUCUGUGCAAGGCUCAGACGAAGCGAAGCAGCUGAAACACAUCGGGUAUUGGGGCCGGGCCUUGCAGACGGAGCUCAUGGCGAAGUCAUCCCAUGAUGCAACAGUGGAAGUGGAGCCUGAGCUCCGACCGUUUAUCUUGACCCGUAGUGCGACUGCUGGAUCGAUGAGGUACUGCGCCAGUUCGUGGAGCGGUGACAAUGUGACCAGCUACGAUGGGAUGAAGGGAGCAAACGCGCUCGCGCUUACGGCCGGCAUGUGCUUGUUGCAGUGCUACGGCCACGACAUCGGCGGCUUCGAGGGACCCCAGCCCUCCCCUGAACUCCUAGUGCGCUGGGUCCAGCUAGGCAUCUACUCCUCCCGCUUCGCCAUCAAUUGCUUCAAAACGACUCCCACAAACAACAACCUCGGCGAAGUAAUCGAGCCAUGGAUGUAUCCCGAAGCGACCCCCCUAGUCCGCGCAGCAAUCAAGCGGCGCUACGAAAUGAUCCCCUACAUCUACUCCCUCGCGCUCGAAAGCCACGCCGCCGCCUCCCCGCCCCAGCGCUGGACCGGAUGGGGCUACGAGGCCGACCCAAUGGUCUGGGAAAACCGUAUGAUCAAGAACGGCGAGACGCAGUUCUGGCUGGGCGACUCGCUGCUCGUAGGCGGCGUGUUCGAGCCUGGCGAGACGAAAGCUAAGAUGUACCUCCCUAGGAAAUCUGCAUACGACCCGGGCUUCUUGAACCUGAACGCGCCAUUCCAGUUCUUCGCUGCGGGCCAGUGGGUCGAGAUUGACUCGAAGUGGGACGCCAGUAUCCCUGUGCUUGCGCGUAUCGGCGCGGCCAUCCCUGUCGGUAAGGAUGUGCAGACUCUCUCUGCUGGCGAGACGGUGAAUCCGGCGAGUCUUCCGAAGGAUGACUACAGAGCUGUUGAGAUCUUCCCGCCGCCGCUGAGCGCUGGCACCACGGGCACGUUCGAGACCACCUGGCUCGAGGAUGACGGCGUUUCUCCGACCGCUGAGCCAGUCGAAUUCAGGCUCAGCUACCGGUGCUUGGAUGCGCUUGUUGAGGUGGAGCUUUCGCGCAGCGGCUCGGAUGUCCAGCUCGCGUGGAGGGAGGAGGACCUCAGUGUCAUCUUGCCAGUUGGAGAUGCGCAUGAAGAGGUGACGCUGAAUGGGAAGAAGUUGAGCUGCUCGAGGACGGACCAGCGGGGACGGAAGGUGUUUUGUAGUUCCACGGUGAUGAAUGGUGUCAAGGAGGUAAAUGGAAUGAAUGGCAUCAACGGCCACCACUAA